GUUGCAAAAGGUAUAUCAAUUGCUCGUAUAUUAUCAAAAUUAUGUCAGCCAAAAUAUUAUUUACUAUCAGAUGUAAGAAUGUUUCUUGGCAAAAGACCACGAUUGAGCGAAAAGAAUGAUAAAAGAAGGGGUGUGUAUUUGAAUGUGCAUGCAUUACAUAAGGUCAAAGAGGAGCCGGGAUAG